UCUGAUUGGCUGUUGCCGCCCGGGGGGGCGUGGCCAGAGGUGCCGGCGCAUCAUGGCGGCUCUGGGGGCGGUCGCGGUGCUGCUGCUCGUGGGGGCCAUCGGGGCCCGGGGCGAGCCCUGCCCAGAGCCCUCCAUCGCCCCCUCCUACUACACCACGUCCGACGCCGUCAUCGCCUCCGAGAGCGUCUUCGUGGUGGAGAUCUCACUGCUCUGCAAAAACGGGGCCCAGAACGUGGCUCUAUGCGACGUGAACGGGAAGCAGUUCCCGGUGACGCAGGGGCAGGACGUGGGCAGGUACCAGGUGUCCUGGAGCCUGGAGCACCGGCAGGCGCAGUCGGGCACGUACGAGGUGAAGUUCUUCGACGAGGAGUCCUACAGCGCCCUGCGCAAGGCCCAGAGGAACAACGAGGACGUGUCGCGGAUCCGGCCCCUCUUCACCGUCAACGUCGACCACAGGGUGGGG